ACUACAUAAAGAAGGAACCAAAGUGCAAUUUGUCCCAAAUAUUUUCAGUUUCCCUCUCAUAUAAAACCCCUUUCUCUUAUCCCCUAGCUGCAGUCUUCACUACUUUAUAUACUUUUUUCAGGCAAAAGUAUUUCAGUUGCAGGAACUUAAUUUGAAAUCAGAGAGGAAUAGAGGGAAAGGAUAAAAAGGUAAUGGCUAAACCUCCACAACCACUUCAAAAUGGGAAGGAGGAGAUGAAAGAGAUUGAUACUGCGACCGCCAACAAUGUCAAUGAGAGUAGCAAAAAGAAGGCAACGAGAAAGUUGCCAAGCCCGAAAGAGCUAGUAUCACACUAUGAAUCACAAGGCAUGGACUCCCUAGAAGCUUCCUUUAAGGUUAUUGACGAUCUCCAGGGUGCUCUCUUCAGGGUGAUCAGCUCUUCUCGAAUUGACAAGAAUCGUAAUAAUAAUAGGAAUAUGUCAUCUGAUACCUCCAGAAAACUUGACGUUAUCAAUGCUCGACUGCUUAGUCUUGAUAUGAAAGUUGACUCCAAGCCAGGCUACCCUCAAACACUUGCUAUUGGGGUGGCUGCUGGUGCUUUUCUUCAAGUGCUCCCUCGUGUUGCAGAUUUGGUUGGCCAAAUUUGGAAUACUGUUAGAAGUGCUACUAACUCAAAACAGUGAUAGGUCAUAAAUCUUGUUGGUUAGCAUGUUUGCCUGUAGUCAUGGUUCUUUUACUUUUGAAGUAGAGUUUUGUUGAACUUAUGAUAUGCCAAAAAAUAGAAAAUUGUUCCCUUAGGGGCCUAGUGUCAUGAAUCUUUAGCAUGUAUCACAUUUUUUGGCUGUUAAUGCCAACUACUAGUUCCAUUCUCAUUCUA